UUGUGUGUGUGUCGUUGUGUGUGUGUGCAGUGAAGCGUCAUCCUCCUUUCUUCCUCCCAGAGAACGCGACACGCGCAUCACUCGGGAAAAACGGCGGUUGGGAGCCAGAAGUUUCUCGGUUCGACUCCGCUGAUUUUUUUUCAACCUACCUACCGUUACUCUCCGGUUUUGCCUUUUUUUUUUUUUGUUUUAAAAAACCUUCAUCUCCCCCUCUUGCUACUUUCAGUUUUCGCCUUCUCCCGACUCGAGGAUCCGGUCCGGGUGAACCGUCUAACACACUGGGCGUAGCUGGAGAGAGGGUCUUUUUUUUCCCCCUGCUCGCUGCACCGACCGACCAGUCCUUGCUGUCUCUCGAAACGCCUCUAGACCUGUGGCCAUCCUUAGAGAUUUAAGUCCAUCGACCCUGCCCCGCAGAGACGGACCACUGCCAUUCGAGGCGAGAUGAAGCCGGAUGGGGUUGCCACGGCAGCGCUGGAGCCAAUGGAAGCGUUAGAAUCGAAUCCGGUAAAUGAGGCGGCACCGGGCGAAGGACAGGAGCCCAACCAGGCGGCCAGUCCGGCGGAGGAGGAGAAACCACAGCAGCUGGUAGGAGAGACGGAUCAGGUGGAACCGCAACCAGAAAAGGCCAAGAAAACGCCCGCUGCCAAGACCAACAGCAAGACCUCAGGAGACUCCAAAGCCAAGGUGACCAACAAGACCACGGCCAAGACAAAACCUAGCUCCACCAGUCCGACCAAGACCGCAUCUGGACCGCGGUCCAACACGACCCAGAGCCGCGUCUCGAACGGCGUGUCGAAGCCUCAGGCCAACGGGGUGGCGAAGAAGACCGCACCUGCCACCGACAAAAAGAGCACCCCGACCUCAGCUUCCUCCAAAAAACCAGCGGGGUCGGCGGCGCCCAAGAGCGCCGCUAAAGCGGGCGAGAGGAACACCGCGGGGGCUUCCCCCGCCACCAACGGCACCAAGUCGACGACCGGGACAACAGCGGCCAAAAAGACGCCAUCCACGACUGCAAACGGCGUCAAAACCAGCACCUCUGCAGCCGCUGCUAAAAAGCCCCCAGCUCCCAAACCUGCCUCUUCAACUCCCACCAAGCCCGGCUCCGUCGCCUCGCCCAGACCCGCCAAGGCCCCCGUUUCCAAGACAACCAGGAAUACAACUAGUACAGCAGCAUCACCUCGUCCUGCCACAGGCUCAACCCGGCCACCCACUAGCAGUUCAGCCAAGAGCACCACAUCUACAGCCAAACCAUCAACCCCUAAAACGCCCUCCUCGACUGCCAAGCCUGCUGCCUCCAAAUCAGCCUCCACUACUCCCUCUGGUGGCAAACCUCCAGUAUCACAAACAACCAGAACCACAACCCCUGUGAAAAAAGAUGUUACCAGACAAUCCACGCCUGCAGCCAAAAAGCCUGCAGACUCCCCUCUGACUCGACCACCCCUGGCAAAACCAGGGACCCCAAAAUCUGUUUCUAAAUCAGAUGUCACGGCCAAAAAGCCUACUGCUAAUAAGACUGCGGACACAAAGACACCCAGCCGCCCCAAAACCCAAGAGAGUAAGCCCACACCUUCCAAGACCCCUGCCUCCAAAGCAGCUGCAACCAAGGCCUCCAGCCCCAAGAAAACUGUGGGGAGCAGCACUCCAACUCCUGUGAAGCGUGGUCCCAAAGCUGCAACAGCAGCUGCACCUGAUAAGGAAAUCGCUGCAGCAGUAGCUGCUGCUGCCGCUAUAGCUACUGCUGCUUCUAUUAUUGCAGGGCCAGAAGAGCCAGAGCCUUCUGCUAAAGUAGCUGUGGAGCCACCUGAAGCAGAACAAGAAAAAACAUCAGAGCUCAAACCUGAACCAGUGUCAGCACCUGUUCGUGAACAAACCCCAGAACCUGUUCGGGAACCGACCCCAGAACCUGUUAGGGAACCAACUCCAGAACCUAUUAGGGAACCAACUCCAGAACCUGUUAGGGAACCGACACCUGAACCCGUUAGGGAACCAACCCCAGAACCCGUUCGGGAACCGACACCUGAACCUGUGAGGGAACCAACUCCAGAACCUGUGAGGGAACCGACACCUGAACCUGUGAGGGAACCAACCCCAGAACCUGUGAGGGAACCGACCCCUGAACCUGUGAGGGAACCGACACCUGAACCUCUACGCGAACCAACACCUGAACCCAUACGGGAACCAACACCUGAACCCGUUCGGGAACCAACACCUGAACCCGUGCGGGAACCAACCCCAGAACCUGUUCGGGAACCAACACCUGAACCUGUGCGUGAACCAACACCAGAACUAGAAGAACUACAUUCAGACCUGCCACAAGAAACAUCAUCUGGACCCACUGUGGAAGUAGGAGCUGAUCUUGUCCACGAACCGGCCUCCGGUCCUCAGCUAUCUGCCCAGAUGGACCCUUUCAAAUUCGAGGAGUCUGCAAAUUCGUAUACCUCAGCUCCUUGUCUGGGAACUACUGUAAUGUCUCCUCCCUGCUCCCCUCAAAGCCCGGCCUCUCCUGUCAGAGAGCAACAGAAUCCCUCCUCUCUGCUGGACAUGCACGCCCAGUCUGACGUCUGGGAGGGGAACCAGGUCAUGGCUCCUUCUGAUCUGAGCUACCAAACUCCAGCCAGUAUGAUGAACUUCCAGACAGAAGAGGAAAGGGCAAAUGAGUUUGAGGUUCAGGGGACUUAUGAAGAGGAGGAAGAGGAGGAGGAACACGAGGAAGAGGAGAAGGAACGCCUCUUUAUGCCUCCUUCCACAGCUCCGGGGGCUUUUACUGCCAUGGCUCAACCACACUUUUUGGGUGCCUCACCUCUGGAUGAUUUCACCCCAACAGACCUGAUCUCCCCUCACGAAAAGGAGGAGGCAGUGGAAAAGGCCGACGAGGAGAUUAACGAGGACGAUGAUGUGGAUGAGGAUGACGAAGAUGAGGAACAGAGGAGACUAGGCCACCAGCCUUCAUCUCUGAUCACUGACAUGAGCACAUCUCAGCCCUCCGAGGAGUUCCAAGUGCGGUCCUCUGCCUACGGCGGCUCGGCGGGGUGGCAGGGUGAUGACUUGUUAUCUGGGAUGGACUCUGAGGAUGUGAGCAGCUGCACUAGCAGCCGGCAGCAGGGAGUCUCCGACCUCAGCAGCACUCAGCACACCGCGAUACUGGAGGGCACUCAGAGCUCGGACGCCUUGGUCGACUCCAGCCUCCGAGGUUCUGAGGGAGACGGUAAUUUCAUGGGUUCGCCCAACGUGGAAACCCUAGCUAAUGAGGAAGAGGAGGAUGAAGACGAAGAGGACGAGCGGGUGGAUGAUAUGGACCUGAGUUCAGAGAGAGUGGAGGAGCAUCACAAAGUGUUCCAGGAGCAGGGACAGUAUGAGGAAGAGGACGAGGACGUGGAGAUGCGCAGCGAGGGAGUGACCGAGAGUUGUGGGAAUGUAGAUGAAGAUGACUUUAACGAGGAGGAGCGUUUAGACAACCUCAAUCACUCCGCUCCUCCGCCUUGCGUCCCCCCGGCUUCUUCCUGGGGACAGACCAACCCUUUCGCUGACACGUGGGCUCAACCCAGCUCACUGCCAGCGGUGUCUUCCCCCAGCCCCAUGUCCGACCACGGUGCUGCUGAAUCCGAGACACCCACGCAGUCUCCUGCCCAGCCCUAUAUGGACAGCAGUGCCCCUUCCUUCUCCCAUCAGUCAGAACCAGAGCCCCAGUAUCAUCAGUCAGCUGACGAGGAAAUGAUGGGCUCGGCCCCCGAAGAGGCUCACACCCUGCUUGCUGCCCCGGCUGCAGGCAUGUGCGAGUCCAGCGCUCUGAGCGGCACAGCUCUGGCCGCCCACAGCAGCAGCGAGACGAGCACACCGGAGGAACUCCGUGACUACGACAGCAGCUCCGGGGUCGAGUCCCGUUCCGACAAGCAGCAAACACCAGUACCUGCUUCAGUCCAGCCCGACAUGGACCAAGACCUGGGCAUCCACUUAGAGAAAGGCGACGGAGAAGAGGAGGAGGCUGAGACGCUCCCUGCCGACGAGGUCCUGGGAACAGGACCCCCAACUGCCCCGGCGUCUGCGCCUUCUUCCCCCUCCACCUCAGGAGACGAGGCCAGCGAUACAGAGGGCGAGAUGCAAAUCAACGACCCGGACGCGCCGAUGACGAUGGACGAGAGCACCGGGUUCGAAAGCCCUCCUCCCACCUGUAGCCUGCCCGCUCUCGAGGAGGACGAGGAGGCGGGGGACGCCCCAGUCGGAGAGGGCGAAGAGGACGGAGGCGGGGCCACCCCCCAGUCGGCCAAUUCAGUGGCAUCUUACGGCUUCGACUGCACCACGUCCAACUCCAACGCCCACUCCAUGGCUGAGAGUUGUGGAAAGAGCCCAGGGAUCUUCUCCCUGGAGAACGAGGAGCAGCUUCCAGAGGAGGCCAAGGACCCCUCCCUCAUCAAGGAGCUGACCCUCCCAUCGGCCGCCGCCGCCGCCGCCGCCCAGGCGGAGGAUCUGCUGGGUAGACCUGUGGACCUGAUGCCUCUGGGCCCCGUGGGAGACCACUACCCUAGCUUGGAUGACCACCACUACAUGUUCGGCGAGAAGAUCGCAGCGGAGCAGCUGGAGGAGGUGGAUCCUCUGGAGCCCAGUCACCAUCUCGCGGCCCAGGAAUCCGGGACCACUGGCGACAGCCAGCCUCCGUACUACUCUACCAUUUGCGAUAAGACUGAUAGUUUUCUGGCAGGUAACGUAUAAGUCCCUCCUACUCCCCCUGGAAUGCACCUUUUCCCUGCAACCUUCCCCCUUAUACCUGUUGUUUCUUUUCCAGUUGGGUUAGAUGGCUUAGAAGAGAAAAAAAAAAGGAGACCAAGAUUGUAGUAAAAGAUUAAAAAAAAAAAGAUGAACAAAGGAGAUGGGGAAAAAAUGACUGUAGCAAUUUUUAAAUGAAGCCUCCCUCUUUCAUACUGUUAUGGUCACGGUGGCGAGUGUCUGGCUUAAACUCCUUUAUGUACCAUUUUCUAGUAGAAUGUUCUUUUUAAGUAACACUGCAUAUUCUGUAGCCCCUGAUGGGGUAUUGACUGAUUGGUCCGAUGUGACUGAGCCUUUAAACCGAAAAAAAAAAAAAAAAGAAAGAAAGAAAAAAAAACAAAAAACCGACGGAAUGAAAUGGACUCAUUGUGUAUUUAUCCUACUGUUUUUACCGAACAAAUGUCAAUGAUUUUUGUUUUGUAUUUGCUUAUUUGUUUUUUUUGUUGUUUUGUUUUUUUUUUUGUUCUGGUCCAACCCUACCCUGUGUACACACACUCCACUAUUCAGCAGCACCAUAGCAUUAGUCACAUACUCCUUCGGUUUGUGUUCUAUUUCUCAAGACGUUUAGCUAUCAAAAUAAAGGCUAGGUAUUAACAAGGCUGUUUUGCCCGUACAGAUGUGUUGAGGUAGGUAUGGGAGUGUUAGAUUGCAGUCGGUGAUGUUUUUAAUGUGUGCUUCAGGCGGUUCUACGCUCUUUGCAGAAGUUGUUAAGGUAUAUAACGUGCAGUCACGUACAGUAUGUGUUUCAGGCAUUUGGUUAUAAGUGGCUAAGCUUCAAGCCUCAGUUAGCUGAUCAUUUGUGUUCCACAAGAGACUAACAACUAGUUUUUAUUUGUGAUGAAACCCUGCAUAAUCCAACAUCACAUCACAGUUGGGCUUUAUACUCGCUGAAACCUUUUCAUAGUGGGCGUUUGGUUUGACUAUUUCAACAGUAUAUUGCAUGUUUAACUAACAAAAAGACUACCUGGAAUUUGAAACAAUUCUACACUAGACAUGUUCAUCAAUGAAUGGUUCGCACUAGGUUUCAAAAUUCCAUUAAAACAUCAUUGCAAGGCA